CGCGCGCAGCCUCUCCGUUUUCCUGGUGCGCCGCGCUCACCCACCCGUGCCAUGAGCAGCGCCUCCACGCCGGGUCCCGCGCCCGCCUGCCUCACCCUGUGGGAGGAGGAGGACUUCCAGGGCCGCCGCUGCCGGCUGCUGAGCGACUGCACGAACGUGGGCGAGCGCGGAGGGUUGCGCAGGGUGCGCUCCGUCAAGGUGGAAAACGGCGCUUGGGUAGCCUUCGAGUACCCCGACUGCCAGGGACAGCAGUUCAUCCUGGAGAAGGGAGACUACCCGCGCUGGAGCGCCUGGAGCGGCAGCAGCGGCCAUCACAGCAACCAGCUGCUGUCCUUCAGGCCGGUGCUCUGCGCAAACCACAGUGACAGUCGCGUGACACUGUUUGAAGGGGAGAACUUCCAAGGCUGCAAGUUCGAACUCAGCGAUGAUUACCCAUCCCUACCCUCCAUGGGAUGGGCCAGUAAGGAGGUGGGCUCCCUCAAAGUCAGCUCUGGAGCUUGGGUGGCCUACCAGUAUCCUGGCUACCGGGGUUACCAGUACAUACUGGAGCGGGACCGGCACAGCGGCGAGUUCCGGAACUAUGGCGAGUUCGGCACGCAAGCCCACACAGGACAGCUGCAGUCCAUCCGGAGAGUCCAGCACUAGGUUGGCCAGCCACAGAUGCCACCUGCCUUAGGGAUCCUCAAUAAAGACUUCCAAACCUACCUGCC